AGCUUCAAGAAGAAAAAAAAGGUGAAUCGAAUCGAAUUCAAUUGACUUGACUGAGCAGCCAAGGAACCUUCUGUCAACCACUUCUUCUGAUACUUCACCUACUACUCACCAGCCAGCAAGACACCAAAACACAAGGAACCAUGUCCAUCGCACCCAUCUCGCUAUACCCGUGCCUCUUCUUCGAGUCCCAGGCCGAACAGGCCGCACGGUUCUACACGUCCAUCUUCCCCAACUCCUCCGUCGAGACCAUCAACCACUUCACCGACACGGGUCAUGAGAUCCACAAGCAGUCGGUCGGCUCCGUCAUGAGCGUGGCUUUCCUCCUCAACGGCGCGAAAUGGGUCGCGCUCAACUCCAAGCCCAAGGACAUCCCGAUGAACGAGUCGGUCAGCUUCCAGAUCAUCUGCGAGGGCCAGGAGGACGUCGACUACUUCUGGGCCAAGCUGACCGCGGCCGGGGAGGACGGGGCCGAGAUCGACGAGUCGAAGCAGAUCUGCGGCUGGGUCAAGGACCGCUUCGGCGUGCACUGGCAGGUCGUGCCCAAGGUGGUGGUGGACAUCAUGUGUUCGGCCGACGCGGACAAGAUGAACAAGACCAUGCAGGCCGUCAUAAAGAUGAAGAAGAUCGUGGUCAAGGAUAUUCUCGCGGCCAUCGAGGGCAAGGCUUGAGCCGGUGGUCUACGGUCACAAAAAGGGGCAAGGCUGAAGUCGUGGGUCAGUAGGGACAGGAAAUUAAAG